CAUGGCAGAGAAGUCAAUGGUAUAUUUGCAGAAACCACAACGAGGCGUUAUUUAUCACGUCCCAUCUUAUUGUAGUGAAAUUAUCAUCUUAUCUUGUAGUCACAACUGAGAGGCACACUGCAAAUUUGCUCAAUCAGUCUUAAAUAAUCGACGAACAUGUCCGCGAGUAAAACCUACGUGCGUCCGGCCGAUUUUGUAGAUCCCGGAAAGCCCUCGAAGUGCACAUGGCAUCUGGGUACCAAGGAGCAGACGCCGCACACGCAACGUGGCAUUGCGCACCGCCAAAAGAUUACUCCAGACAUCCUGUCAGUGAUUGGAUGCACUCCCCUGGUCAGGCUGAAUUCCAUACCAGCCAAGGAGGGCAUUCAAUGUGAGAUGUAUGCCAAGUGCGAGUUCUUGAAUCCGGGCGGUUCAGUGAAGGAUCGGAUUGGCUAUCGCAUGGUUCAGGAUGCGGAGGAGAAAGGUCUGCUGAAGCCAGGAUUUACCAUCAUAGAGCCGACGUCUGGCAACACAGGCAUUGGCCUGGCAAUGGCCUGCGCGGUUAAGGGCUACAAAUGCAUCAUUGUAAUGCCCGAAAAGAUGUCCAAUGAGAAGGUGUAUGCGCUGCGUGCGUUGGGUGCCAAAAUAAUUCGUACGCCCACAGAGGCUGCCUACGAUUCGCCGGAGGGUCUCAUCUAUGUGGCCCAGCAGCUGCAGCGCGAGACGCCCAAUUCGAUUGUGCUGGAUCAGUAUCGGAAUGCAGGCAAUCCGUUGGCGCACUAUGACGGCACCGCCGCGGAGAUACUCUGGCAACUGGAUAAUAAGGUGGACAUGAUUGUGGCCACAGCCGGUACAGCCGGCACUAUUAGCGGUCUUGGGCGCAAAAUCAAGGAGCAGGCUCCGAAUUGCCGUAUUGUCGGCGUUGAUCCAUAUGGGUCGGUGUUGGCCCGCCCCGCCGAGCUGAACAAGUCUGAUGUAAAGUUCUAUGAGGUGGAAGGCAUUGGCUAUGAUUUUCCACCCACUGUCUUUGAUGGCAAUGUGAUCGAUGUGUGGUCGAAGAUCUACGAUAUCGACUGCUUUCCCAUGAGUCGUCGCCUCAAUGCCGAGGAGGGCCUGCUCUGCGGCGGCUCCAGCGGUGGCGCCAUGUACGUAGCUCUGCAGCAAGCACGCAGCCUGAAGCCCGGCCAGCGUUGUGUGGUUAUCUUGCCCGACGGCAUUCGUAACUAUAUGACCAAGUUCGUGUCCGACAAUUGGAUGGAGGCGCGCGAAUUCAAGCAGCCGGUGAAUGAGCAUGGUCACUGGUGGUGGAAUGUGCCCAUAUCGCAUCUAAAGCUGCCAGCUCCAGUCGCCCUGCUCAAGUCCGACGCAAGUUUUGCCGAUGCCAUUGCCUUGAUGAAGCAGCACCAUGUGGAACAGCUGGCCAUGAUCGAUCAGAAUGAUGGCAGUGUACUGGGCGUUGUCACCCAGGAAACGCUCAUGAGCCAAAUUGUCAGUAUGAAUUGCAAGCUAAAUGUCCCCGUGGUCAAAGCCGUCAACAAACGAGCCAUUCGUCUGCCGGAGAAUGAGAAACUUGGCAAGCUGGCACGCAUUUUGGAGAUUGAUCCUAGUGUGCUAAUUGUGAAAAAGAGCAGCGAAGCCAAGGACACGAUCUUGGCACUGGCCACCAAACUGGAUGUCACCUCAUUUAUAGCAUCUGGCGAUGGCGCCAAGCAAAACGGUAGUGGAAGCGGCGAUUAUUAGAGGCUAUCAUUAAAAUCGUCUCUCUUAAUUUUGCGUGACUGAAUAUUCUUAAAGCGUAACAACAGCGUGCAUUUCUGAUUUUAUAUUUUUGCUACUAAAUUAUGAGAUAUACUCAAUUUUUACAAA